AUGAAAGCCGCCGCCAAGAGACUCUCAUGCUUCCACAGCCUAGCUUGCCAUACAUCUCUCGUGCUUUCUUCUCUAGAGCGGCCCAUUAUUCCUACUCCCCGGUCCAACGCCAAACCUGGCGUCAGCAUCACCCCGUCCUUCACCUUUGGCUUGGGUCUACUGCCAUCUUUCCGUUUCGGCAGUCCUAGAAAUAUCAACCUCUUGAGCUCCUUGUCGCCACAGCGCUUUUUCAACAAGUUUGCUAAGGAGAAGAAGGAAAAUCCUUUUGAUCUGAACGAUGUUGCUGCCUCGCCAAAAGACGGCUUCGAGCACUCCGACACUAUGAACGAUCUGGCUGACAUCUGGUCCUUGACCAACGACUCACAGUACCAAUCACUUUCGCUAAAUCUCACCUCCGUCAACGAAAUCCCUUCGCCCAAGUCGUGUGAGCCAUUCUUGUCGCCUCAUGACAUCUUCCUCAAGAAGCCAGUCGAAAUGAAGGAGUCUAAGUCGUCUCCGGUCACAAAGGACGACACUCCUCAAUCCACAUCUUCCCUCAAGAGAAAGCGACUGCUCGAGGACUCUCCUUGCACGGCAGUUGUGGCAGAGAUCAGCAAGUCCGACUCCCCAGAGAACUCCUCCACCGCUUACGAUAAUCUCGACAAGGCCACUAAGGAGCUCUGGUUUGCAGAACUAGACGACGUGUUGGUGCGCUGCCAUAAAAAGUAUAAAACUUUCAAAGCAGGCCAAUCUCCCGGCUCCUCUUUGACUAAAUUGACAUCGCAGAACCAGGUGCUCUCAAAAAUGCUAUAUAAUAAAACGGGAGUCCGCCGGUCUUCCAAGCAAAUCGCAUCUCGUUUGUCUCGACUCAGGAAGGUGGAGACGACGAAGCAGGCCAGGUCCCUUCAAGACAGUAUCACAGCAUUGAGCCUGGAACCGCAAAGUCCGCAGGUGCCACCAUUGGAUUUCACCUUCAAGAAAAUGGAAUUGUCCUUCACUUACAAGCGUGCCGUUCAGGGCAUUCAUGAAUUUCUUCUUCUUAAGGAUACUCCUACUAAUUGCCCAACCAUCCUGGCUGAGGACCUUGAAAAAGAAAUGUCUUCAAAUAACCGGAGAUACAAGGAAGAUUUUGAUCGCAUCAUUCCACAGCUCGGGACAUUCCCGUCUAUUUCAUUUCGGGGCCAUGAACUUGAGGCCAGCAGUGAGUCUGACUUCGACACCACUCUGUUUUGCAUUGACAAUGGUGACUUCCUGUCCUUCCUCGAGUUUAAGGUCUCUGCUGGCCAGAGCGGUGCUCAGAUGCUCACCUGGAAAUCCUUGACCACCAUCUACAAAGACGAAGACAAGGUUUUGUUGAGCACAAGAGAACAAAUUAAUGGCUACAGAGCCCUGGACAACACUUUCGAUUUACAAGUGCCUUUCAUGAACCACUUUUGGUCUGGUUAUCUCACGUUCUUGUGCAAUGGUUCGAACAACUCAAAUGACGUGAAGAACAUUCUUAUUACUCAAGUCAUAUACGAGGGUGAGAAUGAGACGAGUGGAACAAUCCAUGGCGUCUUAACUUAUGAGUUUGACGUUACCUCAAACAGAUCAAGUUGCGGAAAUGUGCGUGUCAUGAAGGUGCAAAAGGUCGAUAAAGCCGCCGAUGACGACUCGGACGAGAAUGCCACAGUGCUUGCAUCACCAUUCAAGAUCUCUCCUCUGAAGAGUGAUCUCAGGGUAAACACUGAAUUGGCAAACCAAGGCAUCAAUGAUGCUCCCAAAUUCAACCCCAACUACGAUGCAAGAAUGUCUCAAGAGAUGCAAAGUAGACAAAUGAUGCAUAACGCUAUGCACGUACCUCCACAAGCCCAAUCGAGGACUCCACUCACUGCUGUCGAUCCACCCACGGCACCAGAAUUUCAUCAAGCAUCUGCUGGACAGAUGCCACAGAACUUCAAUGCCGGGUUCGUGCCAACAUGGAAUACGAAUACGCAGUAUAAUCAGCAUGUGCAUCCACAAAUGGUAGCACAAGCUGCUGCAAUGCAAGCAGCAGCUCAAUCCAUGCCACAAAAUAUGGUUAAUGGUAAUGCAUCCAUUCCCUCCGAACAGAUGAGUUCUGAGAAGUACGUUCCUGUUGGGCCACCCAAUCCUAAUAUUGCCAACAACAAUCAAGUUGUGAUGAUGCAGAGAAGGAAUGAUGUGACAGAGGAUGAUAUGAGAAAUGGUAACAUGAUGCAAGCGAGACCUAAUUGGCAGGCUCAGAUGCCUCAAAAUGUCGCAGGACAGUUCAUGAACCAACCUUGCAUCAACUCUGCCCCAGCAUCUCAAUUGCAUUUCUUCCCACGCAAUGAUUCCAGGCCCAAUGCAAUGUCAGGCGCCUCAAAAGCUUCUGAGAAUAGCAGCAAGUCAAACAAUAAUAACAUCACAUUUGGCCCCAUCAUGGGCUAUGAUCCUCUGAGGGAUAGCAAGCCGCAGCCCAAGAAACAGAAGGGCGGUAUGAACAUCCACAAGUUCUCAUUGAACCCACAGAUCAUCAUGGGAGUCACAGGGUUGCUACAGCAGCUCAAAGAGAUCCAACAAAAGACAACCUUGUCGGAGUAUAAAGGAAAAACUUUGGCAGUUGACACCUAUGGCUGGCUCCAUCGCGGUCUCAUCUCUUGUGCUCAAGAUCUAUGUACUGACACUCCCACCAGAAGCUAUAUAACGUCUGUGAUGAAGAAAGUUGAUAUGCUUCGUUACUUUGGUGUUGAGCCUUAUAUGGUUUUCGACGGCUCGCUGUUGCCCACGAAAGAAGCCACUAACGCUGAGAGAGCUGCCCGCAGGGAAAAGGCUAGAGAAUCUGCCAAUAUGUGUAUGAAGAAGGGUGACAGAAAACAAGCCUGGAAAGAAUUUAUGAAAGCGGCAGGAGUCACACCAGAGAUGGCGAAAUCCGUGAUGGUGGAGCUCGAUAGGAAGCAUGUUAAAUACGUUGUCGCUCCUUACGAGGCUGAUCCACAAAUGGUGUACCUUGAGAAGAUCGGCUUGGUGGACGGAAUUUUAUCCGAAGACUCUGAUUUGCUUAUCUUUGGCUGCCAGCGUCUCAUAACAAAGCUCAACGAUUACGGAGAGUGUGUCACCAUUGAACGUGCGGACUUUGACAAGAUAAAGCGCCCAAACUUGGGCCAAUUUACCCAGGAACAGUUAAGAUGGGUAGCCAUUCUUUCAGGCUGUGACUAUACAAAGGGAUUACCAGGCAUAGGUCUCAAGACAGCAUUCAACCUCAUUCAAAAGCUAGGCUCGAUCGAGAAUGUGGUUUUAUCAUUGCAGGCUGAAAAGAAAGACAUUCCAGAGACUUUUCUUGAUGAGGCAGUUAAAGCAACAUUGGCAUUUCAAUUCCAAAAGGUGUUCGACCCAAGCAAUCAGAUCCUAGCAACUUUAUACGACUAUCCAGAAAACCACGACUUGGAUAUGGAGGUUGUGGAGCUUUGUUGUGGAAGAACCCUCGACGCACAAAUCCAUCUUGGCAUUUGCAACGGAAAGUUGCAUCCUUCCACGUUCGAGGCUCUAUUAUCCAGGGAGCAGAAUUUGGCCACCAAGAGCUCUUCCAUGGUCUACUCGCUGACGAAACAAGUCACCGGCGUGAAGAAGGCGGAAUCUUUUGGUGGCACACUAACAAAGUCAAUUGAGAGCUUCUUCCAAGUUGACAAACAUGCUAAAAGUAUGACGCAAGAGAAGCGUCCUGAUCCCGGUAGAGCCGAUGAGAAGAAGCUUUCACCUACGAGCAAAAAGCUCAAGCGUAUAAGCCCGGACUCAAGCCUGAAGAUAGGCUCAACGAGCAACUUCUUUAAGUCAAAGCUUACAUCUAGCAUGAAUUUGAAACCCGAUAUAUUGCGUGCUACAGAGGACUCAAGCUUCUUGGCAGGCGACUCCGAUGUCCCAGAGAAUCUGUCGCCUUGCAAGCCUAUUCCUGAGGUAGUCCCCAUGAUCAAGGAGAGUGAAAAACUCGAGCAGUACCUCACCGAUGUGGAUGAUGAUUUUGAGGAUAGCCAGCAAGAUGAGCUUAGGGAGAACUCGCUUCUUCAAACCAGCAUGGCGAGGCCCCCGCUGGUAGCUUCAAACAAAUCUAUUGUUGAAGAUAAUGAUCAAGACGGUUUUUCGAAUGAUAUCGAGGAGUCGCCCGUUAAGAUGAAACAAAUCGGACUUUCUUGGAGAGCAAAAUUUCUGCUCGGCUCAGAAGGUGAAUUGCAAAAGAAUGCUGCCCAAAAGUUGAAGGUAUUCGAAAGCGAUCCCUCCCUGGGUCCUGCUACUCCUGACAACGAGGACCUCCUUUUGAGCGUCAGUCAGCCAAGAUCUCUGCAAAAGGAGGAGUACAACUUGAGUGAGAGUGAUAAGGAAAAUGAAGAAGUCUUACCUCCAAGAAGCACCGGGUUUAAAUUACUGAGAUUUGCAUUCACUGGAUAA